UUGAAUAUCUUUCCUUGAUCCACAUAAAUAUGAAUUGUCUUUGCCUCACCCAAGAAUGCAAACACCUAUUCUUUCAUCGGAAUGAAAAAGAUGAAAAGAGCAAUAACUAUCAGCCAUCUUCUCUUUCUACAAACUUGUGCUGCUGCCUCGCUUAUCCACGACUGUCCCGUUUCCUCAUGCGGCAGCGGCACCAUUCGCAACAUAACUCACCCCUUUCGACUCAGAGGUGACUCGCCUCACUGCGGCGACAACAGGUACCAAUUAGAUUGCGAGAACAACACAACGAUUUUGACUCUGUUUUCAGGUAAAUACCACGUGCUAGAAAUAGAUUACAAGAGGUACACAAUCCGAGUGAGUGACGCGGGCGUUGCGGAGGACGCUAAGUGUUCCUUCAUGCCCCGCUAUUUCUUACACUACAGCAAUUUCAGUGCCACUUAUCUUGGGCCUGGGCUGGACCCGCUACAAUUGGGCCAGGGCCAAGGCCAAGCGUCAAUAGCGUUUUUCAACUGUUCCGGCCCAAUCACCGAUGAUUCCAGAUACGUCGCCGUAGAAAGCGCCGGUUGUGGCUCUGGAGGACACGUGUAUGCUGUUGUUAAAGACUCGAUAAAUGAUUUUGGAUUUGGUGUGAAGGACGUGAAGGUUGGGUGCCAACUAAAGGUGGCUACUUAUGCGAAUUGGGGAACACAAAAAGUGUCUAACGAGAAAGUUUCUUAUGGUGAUAUCCACGACGCGCUUUGGCGUGGGUUUGGGCUCUCUUGGUUAUACGUUGUUUGUGAAGAACGAUGCGGAAAGGGGAAGGGUUGCCGUGUCGUCGAUGAAUCCAGCGGUGAAGUCCAAUGUGACCAGCAAGACUGUAGUUGGGUCUACGAUGGGAACAAAGCCACGUACGACUGUGAUGGCAAGGGAAUAAUCUACAUAUUUGCCCCUAUUGCUUUAUAUGGUAUUGGCGUUUAUAAAGGUUUGGUAAAACUUUUUGGCUUAAAUAAAGCUAUAGAGUAUGAUGAAAUUGAAGUUGAAAUAGGAAAAAGCACAGGAAAAUACGUCAUACCAUUCAUUAUAAUUCGAUUUUUAUGUGGCAUGGUAGCUUUUGUUGUGUUGUUGAUUUGCAAGUGGGGAAGAAGACAUAAAUCAAAGUAUGAAAAUAUCGAAGCCUUCUUGCAAGGAAAUACCCUUAUUCCAUUAAGGUACUCAUUUAAAGAAAUAAAGCACAUGACUAGGGGUUUUAAGGAAAAGCUAGGCCAAGGUGGAUUUGGCUUGGUGUACAAAGGAAUGUUACGUAGUGGAUCAUUUGUAGCAGUAAAAAUGUUGAAAAAAUCAAAGGACAAUGGGCAAGAGUUCAUUAGCGAAGUUGCAACUAUUGGAAGAAUACACCAUAUGAAUGUGGUGCGACUUAUUGGAUUUUGUGUUGAGGCAUCAAAUCGUGUUCUUGUUUAUGAAUUCAUGUCCAAUGGCUCUCUUGAUAAAUAUAUUUUCUCCAAGCAGGAUAAUAUCUCUUUAACUUAUAGGCAAAUAUACGAGAUAUCUCUUGGAGUUGCUCGUGGUAUUGCUUAUUUGCAUGAAGGUUGUGACAUGCAAAUUUUGCAUUUUGAUAUCAAGCCACAUAACAUCCUGCUUGACAAUAACUAUAUUCCGAAAGUUUCUGACUUUGGCUUGGCAAAACUUUAUCCUAUAGAUAAAAGUAUUGUCACUUUGACUGCAGUAAGAGGAACACUUGGAUACAUGGCCCCUGAGUUAUUUUACCAUAAUAUUGGGGGAGUAUCAUUCAAAGCUGACGUUUACAGCUUUGGAAUGCUUUUGAUGGAAAUGGCAAAUAAGAGAAGAAAUUUUAGUCCAAAUGUAGAUCAUUCAAGUGAAAUCUUUUUUCCUCUCCAAAUAUAUGAUCAAUUGAGUGAAGAAAAUGAAAAAGAAAAGAAAGAGAUUACCGAGGAGGAAUAUAAUAAUGAGGCAAAAAAAAUGAUUUUAGUAGCAUUAUGGUGUAUACAAUUGAAACCAAGUGAUCGUCCUUCGAUGAACAAAGUAGUAGAAAUGUUAGAAGGAGAACUUGAGAACAUUGAAAUGCCUCCAAAGCCUUCCUUAUAUCCUCAUGAAAUGAUUCGAGAGAGUCUCCAAGACAACUCAAACCAAACUUUUUCAACUGAUUCUGUAGGAUCUACAAGUUAUCUUGAUGAAAGUAUUACUCAUGUUGACUAGGACCAUUAUCUUUUAAAUAUUUGUAAUAAGCUAAUAUGCAUAUUUUUGCAAUGCACGAGCUAGAUUUCUUUUUGCCUUAAUCAAUUUAGCAAGAAGAUGGGUGAUAAAAUCGACCAAACGCUUGAUCAAAUUUUUUUGCAUUUUUCAACAAAUAGCUAAGAAAUAGUCUUCAUUGACAAUGAUGUAUACUUUUAUCUUGCCCAUAUGCUUGUUGAUGUUGUAAAAAGCAAAAAAGAAAUGUGUAUGAUGGUAUUGACAUUUACUCAUGUUUAUAUAAAAUCCAUGUACAUAUUCUUACUCUGAUAUGUAUGAUUUA